CCUGGCUGAGGAUUAAUGUCCCUCCUGACACGCCGUAGUCACGCAUGGUUGCCGGGGAUCAUGUUGAAGGUGACAGGCAGAGUCCUCAUGGCCGGAGCCUUCACCUCAUGGCCGGCUACCGUCCUGGCCGCGGCCGGUGACGGAAAGAAACAAGCAGCGUCGAGGAACCGGGACGACCUCUCCGUGUACCCCGCCUCGGGCCAGCAGGACGCCGAUUCCGAGGAGCCUGAAGGGGGUCAACUGGAGAGAAGUAUCGCCACCCUCCGGCAGCUGGCGGAACCGUACUCGGCUUGGUGUCGGACCACAUACGACCACCUGGAACCUAAAGUCCAAAGCGUGGUUCGGUGCGGUCGUGACACUCUCACGUUCCUCAAAGACCCACCGGGGGACUUCUACGCGCGGGCUGGAAUCAUCGGCUUCACCGGCGUGCUGGGGCUGCUUCUCGGAAGACGUUCCCGGGUGAAGAGGCUCAUCUACCCGGCGAGUCUGAUGGCAGUCAGCGCCUCCCUCUACUACCCGGAGCGGGCAGCGGCCAUCGCAAAGUCCGCCGGGGACGCCCUGUAUGAUGGUGCCGUGUACAGCUACGCUGCCCUGGACAAGAUGCUCCAUCCCCCGAGCAAAAAAGCCGAGGGAGGUAAUAACGACUCAGGGGGGAGACGCUGAAGGUGUUGGACAAUGCAAAUGUUACUUUGUACACUGUUGACAACUCAGGCUGGACAUGGCUUGCCACCAUGCUUCUUACUUGAAUAUAUAUUUAUGCAAAUAAGUAAUAAAAUGUCCCCCCCUUGUUUAAA